AUGACCGACUAUCAACCAGUGAAUCGCUCGCCAGCUGGCUUAAUCCAAUUCGUGAUGCUUUCCGCAUUGGGACUUCUCGCUUUUAUCACAAUCAUUAUCGCAUUGAUUCACGCGAAUGAGUGCCCCAUUGAAAGAAUGCCAAAAUGGUUAUUAAUCUACGGAAUUAUUUAUCUCAUUGUCAUGAUGACCGGAUUGACGCUUUUGGCUUUUGAGCAAAAGUCGAAGCUUUAUAGUCCGGCGUUGGUGAUCGAUUGGCUGGCCAAAGUGAUCGGGUUGAUUUGGCUUGGCUACGGUGGAUAUCUCGUUUGGGGCAUUUGGGGAAUUUACACGACAACGAAUAAGAAAGCGGCCACUUAUUGUGAUCAAACGGUGAUGACAUUCAGCAACAUGAUCAUUCUCUCAUCUACAGCCCUCCUCAUUCUGAGCGCUUUCUGCAAUUGUAUGGCCACGCUUAGGAAA